AAAAAGAGGAUGGGUCCUACAAUAAGACGAUGAUCCAAAACACACCUCAAAAUCUACAAUGGAAUACCUCAAGAGGCACAAGCUGAAGGUUUUGCCCUGGCCCUCACAGUCCCCUGACCUAAACAUCAUUGAAAAUCUGUGGAUAGAUCUCAAAAGAGCAGUGCAUGCAAGACAGCCCAAGAAACUUGUAGAACUGAAAGCCUUUUGCAAGGACGAAUGUGUGAAAAUCCCCCAGACUGCUCUCUGCAGCCAUGUGGCACCUGAUCCAGCAGGAAGCAGUUAUACACUAUGGCAUGCUGGAGGAGUUUGUGUCUUUCAUCACAGACACUUUCCCUGAUCUGCUGAGCUACAAAGAGAAGACUCAGCUCACCAUGGGUCUCAGAGCAAGGCUUGUUCUGGAGUUAUGUGGCAUGGAGAUUCCAGCUGAUCCAGAUACAAUUCGGGCCCAUUUACAGCGGAUCGAGACCCUUAUUGCUCUUCAUAAGGAACUGGAGUCUGGUGAUGCUCAUGUGGAAGAAUCUGGAGCAAACUUUGUGGCUCUGGUGCAGAUUUUAAUGAAGGACCCAGCUGAGAGAAGCAUCUUCUUUAAGGAUGUAUAUCCCUUGGAGUAUGGUGCAAAGUUCAAUAUGGCGUUACAGAAGCUGAUGUGGCUGUUCCUGUCCAGGCUAGAAAAUGCUCUCCCACAGCCUACUAUGGAGGAGGCUGCCCAUAUGCUCAGCACUGCCCCUUCAGUCAUGGAGGAAUGUUUUCAGUCUCUCUCACAACCUCAGCAAAUGAGAAACCUUCUUAAAUACCAAAGAGAAACCAAUGUAGAAAUGAAAGAAACUACACAGUCAUGGUCCACUGCUGCUGCUGAUUGCAUACUUUCCUGUCUUGGCAGUCCUCGAUUAGCACAAAUUUUUCUCAGAGAACAGACGCCUCUAAGCACACAGUCAGAGUUGGUGCUUGACGACGUCCCUUCAUAUUGCCAAGAGGUCCAGGUGGAAUCGGUGGUUAUUACCCAAUACAUUGAGAAUGAGCUGGAGACGAGCACGUCUGAGGAAAAUGAUGGUAGCAUACAAUAUGAUGCACAAGAGACCAAAGAAUAUGGUCCAGCAGACACUAAAAAUUCCAGUGAAGUUGUUUAUGAAGAGAUUGAAUCUAUGGACUUGUGCACUGUGGACACUGAUUUGGAUGAGAGAUCUGAAAAGCAAGAUCCUGUCGAAGUGAGUAUUGUGGACAUGGAAGCUGUUGAUGGGAGACAGGAAUCCCUAACUCAAGAAGAGAAGGGAAUGGUGACGAAUCAGAAGGAAGCAACAGAUUUGAUUAGCCUGUGCAUGAUUAAACAACCUUUUGUUAAACUGGAAAGGCUUGACCUUUCUGGUAGACAGUGUUAUAAGACUUUUAAUCCUGGAGCACCAAAACGAGGUCAAGGCCGGCAAAAGAAAGAUCCCCAAAAUAAAACAAUGUGCAGGAAGAAGCGGGAAGAGAAAAAAGUUAUGGUUCCAGCUGCAUCAAUUAACAAGCCUACAAGAUUCAAAAAUGGCAUUUCCAGCAUUGUUCCAAAGUUAAAGAAGACAUAUACAGUCGUGAAAAGGGCAUCUGGGGAAUAUGGCUGCUCUCUUUGUUCCUUCCAGGAUGGUGAGGAGAUCCAGCUACACCACCACCUCACUGUUUAUCAUCCAGAAGAAUACAAGCGACUUUGUGUGGCUGAAGAAGGAAAGGACCUUCAGGACAUUGUGAGUGCACAUAAUGAAUCAGAAACCCAGAAAAGCCCUGACAGUAAAGUUCGGUCCUACAGAGGAGUACCGGUCUGUAAAACAUGCCCCACUUGUGGCAAGACAUUCACUCGAAGCUCAGAUAUGAGAAGACAUCAGGUGUCUCAUACAGUGGAUCGUCCUUUUGUAUGCCGGUAUUGCGGUAAGACCUUCAGGUACACCUUUGAUUUGAGGAGACAUCAGCAGCGUAUGUGUGCACAUAGAGAUUAUGUGGUGGUGUACCAGAGAAAGGGUGAAGUCACAGAGGAUGGAAGUGUAGAAAUCAAGGUGGAUGAUUCAGGAACUGUGUGUCAGGAUCUCCACAACUCAGCCAAAUCUAGUGAGAAAGCAGAAUGUUUAAGUUCAGACUCGGUCAUAAGUAUUGGCUCUGGAAUUCAGCCCAGCUCCCUGAUGUCUGUAGAGAAGCUUGCUGUGAGUGAUGUAUCAGAGCCCACACAUAGUUCAAGCUCAGUUCCGGUCAACUCGCACUCAAGACGUUACUUAAGAUCCCCUUCAUCUAAUCAUCCUCAUAAGUGCUCUCAAUGCGGCGAAGGCUUCAAGUAUUCCUAUAAUCUCAAAAAACACGAAGAUGUUUGUGAAGGAAAAAGUCAGUGCAUGGGUUCAGCACAGCGCCUUUCCAAAGAGCAAGAGUCUGACACAUCGGAGUCUGGCAUCGGUGUCUCUCCAGAUCUUUCACUUCAAGAAACCUUAUGCUCGGAUGAGCAAGAACAACAGGAGAAUGCUGGUCAAUCCACAAAGACCGAUUCAUUUCUGACCUGCGGUCAGUGUGAGAAGAAAUUUAAAGACACUUAUACACUAAUAAAGCAUAAGCAAAUUUGUGCCAGAAGUGAGCGAUGCUUCAAGUGUGUGAAAUGUGAUGCUUUGUUCAAGACGGUGCUUGAUGUCCAGAAGCAUACGCAAAUUCACUGGGGGGAGGACCCGCUGCAGUGUUCCCACUGUGGUAAGUACUGUCUGAGUCAAAGUGAAUUAUCAAAGCAUACAUUGGUGCAUGAGAAGGAGAGCAAGCAUCCCUGCACUUUGUGCUCCGAGACUCUCGAGCGUCUCGAUUCCCUGAGGGAGCACUACCUCAACGUCCAUGAUUUCAGAGGACCCUACCAGUGUUCUAAGUGUGAUAAAACUCACACAGACCUCAAGGCUAUAGUUAAACACAUGAAGACGCAUAAUGAGGAGCGGCCUUACCAGUGUUCUCAUUGCUCGAAGAGCUUCAAACAGCGCAGUGCACUCGCCACACAUGCAAAAAUUCACUCUGGUGACAAACCUUUCCUCUGUGAGGAGUGUGGGAAAUGCUUCAGCAGCAACAUCAGUCUGCAGAGGCACUCAGUGUCCCACAAAACGGAACGACCGUACACUUGUCCUCAGUGUAAAAAUCGCUUUAAAACACAUUACGCUCUCCGUAGCCAUUUGCUCAAGCAUACGACAGGAGCGAGCGUUCCCUGCGAGUUCUGCGGGAAGAUGUUCUUCCGAGCAUCUGCGCUGCACAGACACCACCGGACCCACACGGGAGAGAGGCCGUACAGCUGCUCUAAAUGUGGCAAGACCUUCUUGACCAAUGGUGAGGUUGCGAAACACAUGCGCUAUCAUACCGGAGAGCGGCCCUUUCGGUGCAUACUAUGCUCGAAGACCUUCACGCAGACGUGUUACCUGAACGUCCACAUGCGAAUACAUACAGGAGAGCGGCCUUACACGUGCAGCAUUUGUAAAAGAGCCUUUGUUUGCAGUACACACUUAAAAAGACACAUGUUCGUGCAUACGCAGGAAAGGCCAUUCAAAUGUGACUGUGGAAAGGCUUUUAAUCAGGCACAUCCUUUAAAGGUGCACCAGAGAAGUCAAUGUCUCUUGCCAAAGAAACAGCUUUAAUUAAA